AUGAUUAUUAGUGAUGAAGUUAAACGAAUACUGUAAAAUAACGACUUUACAAGAACCAAUAAUUCAUCAUUAUCUACAAAUAAAUAGAUGAGUUCAAAAGAAUUAUCAAGAAAUUAAUCUCCAUUAAAAAGAAAGGUAUUGAAACUAAAAAAUACCUUAAUUAAUAGAGAUGAUCAUUAUGAUGUAAAAUAGUCAUAUUUUCCAUAAGAAAAUUAAUUAUUGCUUUCUCUUAAUAACUCUAUUUUAGAAGAUAAAAAAAUGAAUGCAAUAUAAUUUCCAUUAAUAAACUCAUCUGACUAAUAAAGUGUUGAUAAUAAUAACAAAACUUUAUAUUAAGCAGUGAUUGAAAUAUUCCCAAUUGAACAUGAAAUUUGGAAAGAUUUAGUUGAAUAAAAUUAAACUAUAGAAGAAGUUGUUAAUAAUAAUUCAGAAUAUUUUUAAGGGUUACUUAAAGUUUGCUUGUGUAAAUUAGAAUUAACAUAACAAGAUUAGCAAAACAAGAAUAUUAAUUUGAAUGAAAUAAAAUAUUAUUAACCAAAAAAAUAAACAUCUUAAUAUUCAAGAGAUUAUUCAGGAUCAAAACAUAACCCUGAUUAACCAUUAUUGAAUUAAUCUAAAGCAUAUGAAUAAUAUUAUGCUCCAAAUUUGGCCUAUCUACAAAAAAAGAGUGUUUAUAAUGUAUUAUUUUCUAAUUCUUAUAUUUUAGCAAUAAUUUGUACCUUAAACUACAGAGAAAGUUGAUAGUUUUAAGCCAGAGUACAAUCCCAAUUUAAAUCAAUCAACAUUUUUAUCUACAUAUAAUUCAAAUUUUAUGAAUUGGAAGGGUUAAUACCCUGGUAAAAUAACUUAAUAACUAUCCCCUAAAUAACAAUCAACUUUACCUUUUAUUGCUGAAACUAAUUAUUCAAAAAACUUUAAAUAAAUUAAAACUGAUAAAGUCGAAUUACAAAAACAUAUAAAAUUGUAUUUUUAUUUAUGCAUCUAGAGGUCCCUUUUAUGAGAAUGCCUAAUCUUUAAUAAAGGAAACAACUUCAUAACAUUUUUAUUAAUCUCAUUAUUCAGUUCCAUCAAAAUUGAUUAGACCUGUUAGUCCAAGAUUAUUUAGUACUAAACAAAGUUUUGAAGGAUAAUAUAGAACAUCUUUUAAUAAGUAUAUUUUAAUAGUAUUAGAUCUUACAUGUCUAAGAAUAUAAACACUGAAUCAUAAUAAUCCUCAUUUGCAGAAAAGUUUUAUGAUAGUAAUGCAGUUAAGGGAUUGAUUGAUAAAAAAAUAAAAGCUAGAAUUUUUUGA